ACUGAUGUGUGAUGGUCGGACUGUACGACAGAGGCCGAUAGUACUGUGCACCGAGACAACGACGAUGUUUGUUUAUAUUGGUGCAAGUGCACGAAUACAUUGUUAUAUGCAGUGAGUGAAAAAAAGAAGAAGAAGAAGUGAUGUUUUACGUACAUUAUUGGUUGGUUCUCAUGCAAUCGCGUUUAGCGAUGAAAACAACACCAGAAUGAUAAGACCCUAUAAUCAGCACAACGAAUGAAAUUUUUCAUAAGUGCAUAGGACAAAUUGGUUGAGUUUGAUUUUUUUUCUGUUGUGUUUUGCUGUGUGAACCCUGUCAAAAGAAAAACUUAGAAAUAACGCGAAAAGUGCUAGAAAAGAAAUCCCAACCGCUUGCCUCGCCAAUAAAUAAAUAUUCCAAUUCGUUGAUCAAUUUAAUUUUUCAUCGAAUUUGGUUGUGUUUGCGAUACAACGAUACGUGAACGAGAUUGUAGUGAAGGAGAGAAACGAAAUAAAUAUUUACAAUAGUCUGCAUUUAUUGGGCUCUGAACGUAUAUAGCGUAUUUAACUUUCAUCAUCUUUGAUCCAACGAUAGAAACGAAACGAAAUAGAAAAAAAAAAACAAACAAAUAAACAACAAUGAUUACCAUUAAAUGAGAGUCACAUAGUUCAAUUUUCUUAGUAUCAUCAAGUGUUUUGCGGAGCAAACGUUACGAACGAGCGACAAAAAAACACACAAACACAAAAAUUAUGGAAUUCUUCUGCUGUGCAAGAAUUACGUCGAAUUGAUGAUGUAUAUUUUUUUUAGAUGGCAUUCAAUUUCAAUUGUGAAUGACAGAGAGCGAGAGCGAGAGAGAGAAAGAGAAAAAGACAGAGAGAGAGCGAGAGCGAGAGACAGUUAAAUUUCAGCGUUGAUUCCGUUUGCUCGAUUUGAUUGAUAAAAGAAAAUCAAAUUUGAGAAUACGAAUCGAAACUUGUUAUCGACGUGAAUUGAAAGAAACAAAUGCAACAUGGAACAGGAAUGCCAUACUAAAAGUACAAUGUUGCAUACGAUUAGCGAUCCAGGGGAAAAUGUUAGCAAUAAUAAUGGGAUUGAUGGCAAUGCAAACGACAAUUUAUCGAUGCGUUUUAUAUCGAUGGUGCAAUAUCGGAAGCAGCCAAUUUUAAUUGGCUCACCGCUGGACAGUAUGUUUGGCGAAAAUGAUCGAAACACAUCCAAAGUGAUGCGAUUGGGCACAUGCUACAAGUCAAAGAUCUCGGCCAAUGGACGACGAAUUGCUGACACAUCACUUCGUAUGCGACCAUAUUUUAUCCCCGAACGUUCGCGCACUAAAAGCGAAACCAGUGCCGAACCAGAGUCAUUUGCCGGCAUGAAUUACACGUGCACAAACAUCAGCGGCGCGAGUAGUGGUGCUGGCAACAAUUUCUAUACCGAUUCAAUGAAUUCGAAUAGUAAUUCGAUGAUGGAAACCUGUGAUGCAUAUUUGAGCUCGGACUGUGGUGGCGGCGGCGGAGGCGGUGGUGGUGGCGGAUCUAGUGGUGGUCCACAUUACAAUAACGGUUUCACAACGUUCUAUUGCAAUCAAGUGCUGCCAAAUACACAUUUCCUCAACAGUAACCAGUACUUCAGGCCCAUAAAGUGCGCAUCGUUGACCGGUCAACUCAAAAAGUGCAAAUCAUUGGAAAGUGUUCGCGUUGAAAACAUCGAUGGAUCUCAGCCAUCACACGAAAUGGAAUUCGUAUCUAGUCGCAUUCAAAAAUUAAAGGUGCAUGAAUAAACUGAUUUAAAAGCAAAGCAAAACGAAAAACAAAACAAAAAACACACACACACAACAGAAAUGAAAAGUCAUGACCUACCAACUGUGUUAUACUGGAUUUUACCACAGUCCGACACAAAAAAACAGAUCUUUUAACAGAGAGAAACGAAAACAAAAAAAAAUUGUAAAUAAAUUCACGGUGAUGGACACGAUUCUUACGAAUAUAAAAAGAAAAUUAUUUACCAAUUGACUACUUCUCGAAACGAACGCGCAAAAUAACUCAAUAAACAGAAAAAAAAAAUGCAUAAGAACCACACUUUCAUCUGUAAUUUUAGACUAAUUAAUCUACGUCUUGGGCGAUAUUGUAAUUAUAAACAAAUAGCUCUCCCCUUCAAAUAUGCAAUGUAAAUCUAGUUCUUUUUUUCGUUUUUUUUUUUUCUAAAAAAAAUGAACAAUUUCUUUGUUCGUCAAUAUGAUUUGUAUGUUCAUUUUAUUUGAUAUGUAGCGAAAUAAAUAAAAGAAAAACGAUUUAAUCUGAA